CAGAGCAAUGUUUUCAUGCGGACGAGUCGCGGUACCAACCCGCCCGUAACGUCGUGUGUUAAAGCGGGACCUUGUAGAACCCAGCUCUGUUUCCUUCAGGUGAAAGAACAGCCUGUGUUUGGCUGCUCCUGCUUUGAGUUUGAAUCACAUUUGUUUCCGCAGCGGCCAUGACGGUGGAGCAGAAUGUCCUCCAGCAGCAUUCUCAGAAGCUACAGGUGAGCAAUGGAGACUUGUCUGACGCUGUUGCCUUUCUGACAGAGAAAAAUGCCAAGGUUCCUCAGCAAGAUGAGACUACCUACUUCCAGACAUCCCAGGUGGCCAGUGACAGAUAUAUCAGUGUUGGCAGUCAGGCUGAUACAAAUGUAAUUGAUCUGACAGGAGAUGAUAAAGAUGACCUGCAAAGGGCGAUUGCCCUCAGCCUGGAGGAGUCCAACAAGGCUUUCAGAGAAACGGGCAUCACUGAUGAGGAACAAGCCAUCAGCAGGGUUUUGGAGGCCAGCAUAGCUGAGAACAAAGCAAGUCUAAAGCGUACACACACAGAAGUUUGGAAUGAUUCACCCAACCCACAUGACAAAAAGAGGGCUGAUAACUGCCCAGUGGGUCUGAAAAAUGUUGGCAAUACUUGCUGGUUCAGUGCUGUCAUACAGUCCCUGUUCCACUUACUGGAAUUCCAAAGACUGGUCCUGAACUACUCACCGCCUGCCAGAGUCCUUGACCUGCCUCGUAACCAGAAGGAGCACAGAAACCUUCCCUUCAUGCAGGAACUAAGGAACCUUUUCUCCCUCAUGGUGGCCUCUAAGAGGAAAUAUGUGGAUCCAUCACGGGCUGUGGAAAUCCUCAAAGAUGCAUUUAAGUCCAGUGAGUCACAACAGCAAGAUGUGAGCGAGUUUACCCACAAGCUGCUGGACUGGUUAGAGGAUGCCUUCCAGAUGAAAGCUGAAGAAGAAAGUGUGGGAGAGAAGCCAAAGAACCCCAUGGUGGAGCUUUUCUACGGGCGCUUUCUUGCUGUGGGUGUAUUAGAAGGUAAACAAUUUGAGAACACUGAGAUGUUUGGACAGUAUCCUCUGCAAGUGAAUGGCUUCAAAGACCUCCAUGAAUGUCUUGAGGCUGCAAUGAUCGAAGGAGAGAUUGAGUCUCUGCAUUCAGCUGAGAAUCCUUCCAGAUCUGGUCAAGAGCACUGGUUCACAGAACUCCCUCCUAUGUUGACCUUCGAGUUGUCAAGGUUUGAGUUUAAUCAAGCACUUGGUCGACCUGAGAAGAUCCACAACAAGCUUGAGUUUCCCUCUAUGCUCUACAUGGACAGGUAUGUGGACAGAAACAAGGAAAUAACCAGAAUCAAGAGGGAGGAAAUAAGGAGGCUGAAAGAGCAUCUGACACUGCUCCAGCAGCGACUGGAGAGGUACCUGAGUUAUGGCUCAGGCCCCAAGAGGUUUCCUCUGGCAGAUGUCCUCCAGUAUGCCAUGGAAUUUGCUUCCAGUAAACCUGUGUGUACUUCACCAGUGGAAGAUAUUGACACAUCAGCACCACCUGCUGGUACAAUAGGACAGCAGUUACCACUACCAAGCACACCUGAUCAGGAUUCCUUACCUUCUGCUGAGAGUUUAGGUCCUGGCUCAGCCCCCACUGCAGCUCAGCAGCAGAGAGUACCUGUUCAUAAGCCCUUCACCCAGUCCCGGCUACCACCGGACAUCCCCAUGCACCCUGCCCCACGCCACAUCACUGAAGAAGAGCUGAGGUUGCUUGAGGGUUGCUUACAUCGCUGGAGGAGUGAGGUAGCAAAUGACACCAGAGAUCUGCAAGACAGUAUAACAAGAAUCCACAGAACUAUUGAUUUAAUGUACUCAGAUAAAUCUAUGAUGCAGGUUCCUUACCGACUGCAUGCAGUCCUGGUCCACGAGGGCCAGGCCAGUGCAGGUCACUAUUGGGCGUAUAUCUACGACCCCCAUCAGUGCUGCUGGAUGAAGUACAAUGAUAUCUCCGUCACCAAAUCAUCCUGGGAGGAGCUGGUCAGAGAUUCUUUUGGGGGCUACCGCAACGCCAGUGCCUACUGCCUGAUGUACAUUAAUGACAAGAAGCCAUUUCUCAUUGAAGAGGAGUUUGAUAAAGAAACCGGUCAGGUUCUGAGCGGCAUGGACAAACUGCCUCCAGACCUGAAGCAGUAUGUGAUGGAGGACAACGAACUGUUUAACAAAGAGAUUGAAGAGUGGGACGCCAUGCAAGCCUGCAAGGCCCAGCACGAGAAGUUAGCCCUGGCUUCAGCAGCUGCUGCUCCCAUGGCAGCGUCCAGCACUUCCACAUCAUCUUCUUCUCCACAGUCCAUGAGUGUUGAGUUCAGUCCUCCAGACAAUGCAGUGCCCCAGCAGGAUCCAGAGUACAUGGAGCAGCACUCACCUACAAACUACUACAAGCACCUGCAGGAGGACACAGAAAGGGCCAUCUCCAGGGCUGUCGCUGCUGCUGCUGCUGAACAGACGGAGAGAAGCCCUGAAGCCUUAUUAAAUGCUGCCAUCAAGUUGGAGUAUGCUCGUCUUCUGAGAUUUGCCCAAGAAGACACGCCACCUGAGACUGACUACCGAUUGCAACAUAUUAUCAUCUAUUUCAUCCAAAAUGAGGCCCCCAAAAAGAUUCUGGAGAGAAUGCUCCUCACACAGUUUGCUGACAGAAACUUGGCCUUUGAUGAAAGAUUUAAGAGCAUCAUGAAUGUGGCACGUGCUAAACUGGACCUGAUCAAGCUUGAGGACAUUAACAUGGAUGAUGAGUAUAAGAUGUGGCAUCAGGACUACAGGAAUUUCCGAGAAACGACCAUCUUCAUGGUGAUUGGUCUGGAGCUCUUCCAGAAGGCAAAUUAUGUGGAGGCCCUGAUAUAUCUUAUUUACGCAUACCAGUACAACAAGGAGCUUUUGUUAAAAGGGAUGUACAGAGGACACAGCGAGAAGCUUCUUGGUUUUUACCGCAGAGAGUGUUUGCUGAAAUUAAAUGAGCAAGCAGCUGCUAUGUUUGAGCUGGGAGAGGAGCCAGAGGUGACCUCAGGACUCAGCAUCAUGAAUGAGUUGGUGGUACCCUGCAUCCCUCUGCUACUGGCUAAUGAMAAUGAGAAGGACCUGCUUGCUGUGGAGGACAUGAGGAACCGCUGGUGCUCCUACCUGGGCCAAGAAAUGGAGGCUAAUCUGCAGGAGAAGCUAACGGACUUCCUACCCAAGCUACUGGACUGCUCGACAGAGGUCAAAAGCUUCCAUGACUCUCCCAAACUGCCCAGCUGCUCCACCCUGGAGCUAUGUGAGCGAUUUGGCCGCAUCAUGGCCGCCAUCAGCAGGGCUCCCGCUGAAGGAAGAUGAGCUGAGAGGAGCCGGCGCUUUCCGUGGCAGACCCAACUCCAGUCCUCGCCGCCUUCAUCAAUCCAGGACUCACCUGGUCCUUGGUGUUAUUCCUCUGUUACUUUUUUUCUGCUGUAUUAUUAUACGUGGAUUAUUAUUACUUUUUUUUUUACUUUUCUUUAAUGCAAAACACAACAGAGGAAGGUUGUGGAGCAAGAUCAACGGUAGUGAAAGAAGAGGUGGUGUGAUGAGUGUGUGGAUGAACUGCGGCAAUGAAAUCAAUCUCAUUCUGCUUCAACUUUAAAAACACAUCAACAAGUUUAGGGUUUUAUAUAGUUUACUGUUGUUUUUGUUCAAUUCUUCUCCAGCCACACAUAUAGUUUGUUCUGAACUCCCUACCUGACUGUGAUGGUUCUGCCACCAGUUUGAUACAGUAUUACCAUGUUUUAUUUUUCUAAGAAAGUAAGAACGAGAGCCUUGAACUUUGUCAGUGGCUCUGYGGGUCUCGUAUGUGUCUCGUGUCUUUGUGAACUGUGCAAGAACGAGAUGUUUUAGGUGCUGUGGUCGAAGGCCAUGCACUUCCUGUGGCUUGUUAAUAAACUGAAAGAAUAAAGUUUUAUUUAUGGCCCUUUUAGGCCAAGUACAACA